AUUUGUCAGGAGGUUUCCUGGACAGACACCACUUACAGGAUGCUUUUUCUAUUUCUAUUUGGUCUAUUGAAGCUAGUGUAAAGGCUGAAGUAAGCUCCCUCUCAGAAAACUUGAAGUUACUUUAAAAUUUUUAUACACCAGAGAGUAUGAGGUCGCCCUAUUUCCCAGCGAGGUUGGUGCUGUUCCACAAGGAGCCCAACGGAGUGACGUACAGAGUCCCAGCACUGCUCUACCUGCCCCGCUCCAGGUCCUUCCUGGCCUUUUGUGAGGAGAGACUCAGCCCGUCAGACUCUGAGGCUCACCUGCUGGUGAUGAGGAAAGGCACUUUCUACAGGAACUACGUGGAGUGGGAGGACAUGCGUGUCCUGGGCACUGCUUUCCUGCCAGGCCACCGCUCCAUGAACCCAUGCCCAGUGUACGAUGAGUUCACAGGUACUCUCUUCUUGUUCUUCAUCGCUGUCCUCGGCCACACCUCAGAGUCCUAUCAGCUGGUGACGGGGAAGAACGUGACCCGUCUGUGCUACAUCUGCAGCACAGACGAUGGAGACACCUGGAGUCAUCUGACCGACCUCACCAAAAGGGUCAUAGGAGAUACGAUCAAAGAAUGGGCCACAUUUGCUCUCGGCCCGGGCCACGGCAUCCAACUGAAGUCCGGCCGUCUCCUGAUUCCUGCCUACGCCUACCACAUCGAGUGCAAAGAGUGCUUCGGGCAGCUCUGCCAGACCAGUCCCCACUCCUUCUGUUUCCACAGUGACACCCAUGGGCGAACCUGGCGUUUCGGGGAGGCGGUGCCAGUGCCGGAGAGCUUGGAGUGUCAAAUGGUGUCUGUGGAUGAAGAGGACGGGACCAAUGUGUUGUACUGUAAUGCGCGCAGUCCUCUGGGAUACAGAGUGCAGGCCCUCAGCCUGGAUGAUGGAGCUGUGUUUCAGGAGGGGCAGCUGGUGCAGCGGCUGGUGGAGCCUCGAAAUGGUUGUCAUGGCAGUAUUGUGGGAUUUCCUGCCCCGUUACAUUUAUAUCACUCUCUUGACCAACAUUUGCACCAACCUGUGCAUCACUCCAGACACUGGACGUCCUGCAUGACAAACUCUAAUCACACCAUCUCGCCGUCUCCAAACAUCACCACCUCUACUUCCACCGCCCCCUCACCAACCAAUCAUCCAGAUUUCCUCACCCCCACCUGGGUCGUAUACUCCCACCCAACAUGGACCACAGCACGCAAGGAUCUGGGUGUGUUCCUCAGCCUGUUUCCCCGUGACCCAGACAGUUGGCGUGGCCCCUGGGUGAUCUAUGAGGGCCCCAGCGCCUACUCUGACCUCGCCUAUCUAGAGUUGACCCCCUUACCUGGUGCACCGCCUGCUGUGGCCUUCGCCUGCCUGUUUGAGUGUGGCACCAGCACAGCCUAUGAUGAAAUCUGCUUCAGCAUCUUCACCCUGUAUGAGCUCAUUGAUAAUCUGCCCCGGGAGGCGCAGCUGGGGAAUAACACUCAUGAAUGUGAAAGACGACAGAAUCAAGGGGCAGACUGUACAAGGAGACACGACGCUCAAAGGGCUCCAGUUUUUCAUCAGGUUCCUCGUGUGAAGAAGAGGAGGAAAAAGAGCAAGCUCACUGAGAUGUGCUCUGUGUGUUGAAUGAAGUUUUUAUGCCUGUGCGCCAGUGAAAGCUGUGGCAGGAGGCAUUAUGUUUUUGGGUUGUCCGUCCGUCCUUUCCAUCCUUGUGAACAUGAUAUCUCACACCUCAAAGGGGAAUUUCUUCAAAUUUGUAAGAGAAACUUGACUGGCGCGGGCACAUACAACUGCAGAGUGGUAAAUCUAGUUGAGCCUGUAACACAAAGUGUCUUCCAGUAACUUUGGAUACACACUUAGUGGCCAGUUUAGUAGAUACACCUGUAAAAUCUAAUAGCCCACAACUGUAUAUACAAGUCUACUUAAAUGAUGUCUAAUCUAUGACAGAGUUGUACAGGUGUACCUAAUGAAGUGGCCACAGAGUGUUCAUCCACCGUGUAAUAAAGAAUAUUGUGCACACUAUCAACAAGAGGGAUUAUUUUUAUGACUGAUGUUUCUAUAUGCAAUGGAUUUCAGUUACAUUAAAGGUAUACCUUACCCACUAAAUGACAAUUUGUGCAUCAAUUAGUAAUGCUGGGUUACCUUGUAUUCAUGAGGAAAACUUUUGUCUUGCAUGCCUCAAUGGAAAUGAGCACAGAGGGUUCCAUUUACAAGCGCUCAUACAACUCAUGCAGUAUUAUCCUAGUCUCAUUUAUUCAGUCAUACACUCCCAUGUGAGCUCUUAGUUUCCGAGUCGUUUAGGUCACAUUGUAACCAAGAGCUCACAUGUGACCCCUAUGACUCUGCAAGGGGUCACACCCACACAGAGUUUAAAGCCUGCAACUCCGCACCAGUCAUUUAGAACUGAAGAAGCCUCUUGGAUGAGGGCCGAAACAUCUUCAAGAAACACAAGCAAGUCCAGUUGCCUGCGAUAUAGCACUUACGAUCAAAUAAAUCAGUAUGUUCGCUAUUUUCUGUGGUGGCUUGAAUAAAAAUUAUCUUCACAAAUUCAGGACACGGCAUGACUCAUUCACUAAUGCUCAUUUUGUGGGUGAAGUAUUCCUUCUUUAACUGCAACACAAUGCGACUCAGUAAUGAUAAAAAACCUUUCUGGUCGAUAUGUUUGUUUCAUGUUUAUCAUUUGUUAAUUUUAAUUUUGUAGAACACAUUAAGUGUCAUAAAAGUUUCCUGUCUUAUCUGCUGGGAAUAUUUUGGUGCUCCAAAAACAGUUGGCAAAAGUUCAGGAGAAAAGGUUUUAGGAGAAACAAGAAUAGAGAAUAAUAUCAGUCAGGAAAAGACUGGUUCAAGGCUCUAUGUUCCAAGGUGAGAGUCUGACGCUGCUUUAGAAAACAUGAAGCACUACCGAGGGUUUCAAAGGGUUGGUAAAUUUCUGGAAACUUUCAAGAAACAUGCUCAAUUUAAUUAAAUUGAUAAAUUAAUUUAAUUAAAAUCGUACCUUGUAGUGGUGAACUUAUACUGGGGGGAAAAUACACAUAAAAAUGGCUUCCUGUCUGUCAUAGGAUUGAUUUUAAGAUUUUAUUGUUUGUUUCUAAAGUUUUAAACAAACUAGUGCCACUUUAUCUUUCAGACCUUCUGCAUCUUCAUACUCCAAUUUUAGCACUGACAUAUACCAAUCAGAUGCUACUGGAUGUUCCCAGAACUAGACACAAAAGCAGUGGCUACCGCACCUUUGCGGUGGUUGCCCCUAAACUCUGGGACAACUUUCCUGCUCAAAUAAAACUGC